AUGCAAGGACCACUUUGUGGCGCCUUAGCUAACAUGCUACUGUAUGGGGUCAUCUGCAUGCAGACCUUUCGUUACUGGCAGGCAUACGAGCAUGACAGGAACAUUCUGAAGUGUCUGGUAGCGUUCAUCUGGAUUCUCGAGACUGCUCAUACAGCAUUGACAAUAUAUACCGUUGAGUUUUAUCUCAUCAUGCAUUUUGGAGAUAACACAAGCUUGGAAUACGCAAUGUGGGGAAUGCCCACUUCAGUUAUUAUCGGUUUUAUUAUUGCCUAUGCUGUGAAUCUUUGCUUCAUCUGGCGAGUACUGCAGCUUUCGCAAAAACGCUGGAUUGCUGUUUGCUUUUUCAUUUUUGCAACCAUUCGCUGCGGAUUUGGACUUGCAAACUGUUCCUUGACGCACGUGCCACCUGUGUUGGAUGAUCUACCUGCUGACUGUAGUUUGAACAGUUUCUUUUAUCCCAAGUGGCAGAUCUUUGAAGAACGCGUCUAUGUAUGUACCUCAACGAUUAUCCGCAGGUCUGCCGGUCUCAAUAUGUUGCCAGCCAACUAUGGUGGUUGGAUGGGUGCUUUCAGCAGUGGUCGACAAACUGACAACGUCCUCAACUGCCUCCUAUUGUAUACCAUCAACACUGGUGCUGUCACAUCGUUUUGUGCAGUUCUGGUGGUCAUCAUGUUUCUCGGUCUACCAAACAAUCUCGCGUUCGUUGGGUUUGUCCAAGUCCAGAGCAAACUCUAUGCAAUAUCACUUUUGGCAUCGUUAAACAACCGAAAAAGACUCGAAGUGACCGAUCAGAAUUUUCGCUCUGUGGAAGGCGUUGCGAGUUCCCACAUGCCUCACUUUUCGGCAUUCAAACCAUCACAGCGGAUGCCGUCUCAUCUGCAACCGAUCGAAGUGCGGACGAGUGUUGUGAUGGAUAUUUAUGGCGACAGUCUGGAUACUGGAUUGGACAGCACGUUUCAGGAGUGA